GCCUGGCAGCUUCUGGGAAUGACUCAGGCUGAGAACGAGAACGAGCAGGCCGCCAUUGUUUCGCUGCAGAGGUGUUUGGAGCUCCGCCCAAACAACCUGCCAGCUCUCACAGCGCUCGCAGUCAGCUUCACCAACAGCGGCAUGCAGCGGGAGGCGUGCGACGCCCUGCGCCGCUGGAUCAGCCACAACCCUCGGUACAGGCACCUGGUGCAGGAGGGCCGGAGCCCGCUGCAGGGUUCCCCGCUGCAGGGUUCCCCACUGCAGGGUUCCCCACUGCACGGUUCCCCGCUGCAGGGUUCCCCGCUGCAGUGCUCCCCGUCCACACCACGCAGAGGCCGCCACAUCUCCACCCCGGCCAGUCAGAUCAAAAAGCUCCUGAACCUGAAGCUUUCAGACUGGAUCAUACUCACAUCAGACUACCUGCUGUGGAACCGCCUGGGAGCGACGCUGGCCAACGGGAACCGCAGCGAGGAGGCGGUGGAGGCGUACACCAGAGCUCUGGAGCUGCAGCCCGGGUUCAUCCGCUCCAGAUACAACCUGGGAAUCAGCUGCAUCAACCUGGGAGCUCACAGGGAGGCGGUCAGUAACUUCCUCACAGCCCUGAACCAGCAGAGGCGGACUCAGCGCUGCAGCCACCAGCAGAUGUCGGCCAACAUCUGGUCGGCCCUGAGAAUCGCCAUCUCGCUGAUGGACCGACCCGAGCUGUUCCAGGCCGUCAACAUCGGGGACCUGGACCUGCUCAUGAGGGCCUUUGACAUGGGCGACGUCUGACCCGGAGCCCUGGGCUUCAGAACCAGCGACCACAGUGGAGACGCUGGACAGGAGACAGUUUGGUUUGAAACCAAAGAGACGAUGAAAAUCCUUUGCAAUAUAACAGCACAACCCUUUAGCUUCCUGUCAGACACGGAUCAUCGCGUGGAGCUUCAUCUUCAGGGCGUCUGCAGCUCCUUCUACAAGUCCUACAUGGUUCCUUCUCACCUUGAAAAUCAGGCCUUAAAGCCAUCAACCGUCUGAAAUAUGAGUUUAAAAUGUUCCCAUUGAAAGUGUCCGACAGCCUGCAGUAAACCACCACACCACUGCUGAACCAGUGGAGGACCUUCAGAAGUUCACGUCAGACUGUAGAUUCUCCUCAGAGCUUCAGGAAGAAGCAGCUGGACUCGUCUUUUAGGUUCAAGAAUCUCAAUAUGCUUUAGGUUUCAAGUCUAGUUUCUUUUGACUGAAGACUAGCGUCAGACAGAAACAGGUUGAUACUGAAGCAGCUGCAGUGGGUCACAUUUUAGAAUAAAGUCUGUUUGAAUUCUCCUCCAUGUCCUCCUGCUGUGAGGUCCAGUGGAGGGUUAUGUUCUACUAACUCAUCAGUACAACAGCCCCAUCAGGUUUCACAGCAUGUCUGCAGCCGAGUGAAGGCUCCACAGUGUGCCCAGUCUGUCAUUUCAUGUUCAAAAGUCUCAAAUAUUUCCUCUUUCUCA